CACUGGAACUUCCAGAGCGCGGAUUUAGGCGAGCGGCAACAACGAGGGAAGCCGGUAAAGGAGACGGGGACCCAAGGUGGCAAACAUCUGCCGAACUUCGGACCGGCGAAGGCAGAGCGCGCCAAGGAGUGGGCGCAGGAAUGCUCGCAGUCUGCCGGUGGUGCCUCCGUGGCUUUAGCUGAGCGUCAACUGGAUCGUCGCCUCCGUCGUCCCAGUCCAAGCUCUUCAACUCCCACCGUCGCUGACAUAAUUGGGCGAGCUCUGGACAAGGUCGGGGCUUACAACGAGCUUAACAACAAGGAGCAUACUUACCUUCAUCGAAAUGGCGGAUGGAUUAUACUGCAUGGCAUGCGCUGUGGUGGCAAAUGUGUGGAUGCGUGUGCGUAUGCGAGGUGGGUGCGAGGGGGUUGGUGUAAGGUGAAAGCGACUGGGUGGGUGGCUGAUGGUGCUGGUGACUUACUGUCGGUGGCGUCACUGCAGGUGGUGGCGCUGGUGGACGAGGAGAUGUGCAUCAACUGCGGCAAGUGCUACAUGACGUGCAAUGACACGGGUUAUCAGGCGAUCGACUUUGACGCAAAGACCCACCUGCCGGUGGUACGUGAGGCCGACUGUACGGGUUGCACGCUCUGCUUCUCAGUAUGUCCUGUGCCCGACUGCAUUCGCAUGGUAGAGCGUAAGACGCCUUACGUGCCGAAGCGUGGCAUUCCUGCCGCAUCCGCAUCGCCUGUCUCCUGA